AAGUCGGCGAUUAUUGUCUCAGUGCAGUGGUCAAUUGCAGUUGUACAGACCGGCUAACGGAGAAGUGCAUUUCUUGAAAUUUACUCAAUUAAUCAAAUCGAAAGAGCGAGCCAAAGGAGUUCACCAUGUCGACGACACUCACCAACAAGAACGUCAUUUUCGUGGCCGGUCUGGGCGGCAUUGGCCUGGACACCAGCAAGGAGCUGGUCAAGAGGGACCUGAAGAACCUAGUGAUCCUGGAUCGCAUUGAUAACCCGGCAGCCAUUGCCGAACUGAAGGCAAUCAAUCCGAAGGUGACCAUCACCUUCUACCCAUACGAUGUGACUGUGCCCAUUGCCGAGACCACCAAGCUGCUGAAGACCAUCUUUGCCAAGCUCAAGACUGUGGACAUUUUGAUCAAUGGAGCUGGCAUCCUGGAUGAUCAUCAGAUUGAGCGCACCAUUGCCGUUAACUACACGGGUUUGGUCAACACCACGACGGCCAUUCUGGACUUUUGGGAUAAGCGUAAGGGCGGACCGGGUGGCAUUAUCUGCAACAUUGGAUCGGUGACGGGAUUCAAUGCCAUCUACCAGGUGCCUGUGUACUCUGGAACCAAGGCCGCUGUGGUCAACUUUACCAGCUCCCUGGCGAAACUGGCACCCAUCACUGGUGUCACCGCUUACACUGUUAACCCCGGCAUUACUCGCACCACCCUGGUGCACAAGUUCAACUCCUGGCUGGAUGUGGAGCCCCAGGUGGCCGAGAAGCUGCUGGCCCAUCCCACCCAACCCUCUCAGGCCUGUGCCGAGAACUUUGUCAAGGCCAUUGAGCUGAACAAGAAUGGUGCCAUCUGGAAGCUGGAUUUGGGCACUCUGGAGCCCAUCCAAUGGACCAAACACUGGGACUCUGGCAUCUAAGCCCCACACCAAGUAACACUUUAGUUCAUAAGGUUCCAGUGAACCACACGAUAUUCAUGAAUAGCAAAAAAGGCUGAUCCGAUGCACACUCACAUCUAAACCCCUCAAAAGAAUACGAUAAUAAAACUCAUGAAAAGAA